AUAUAUUCGGUAGUGUUAGUGAACCUACACCCUAACAACAUUGGGCGUGACCGAAGGCAAGCCAUACCCUUUUGGGGUGUAGUUAAGGCUCAGCUUGGUGGUGAAAGGGUCUUCAAAUCUUGCAUUUAUUUACCAACAGAGUUUUAGGUCAGUGAUGGCGAAAGCGGAAGCAAGCUGGUUGUUACAGCCAGCGAUGGCGACGGCGGAAGUUGAGGAAGGGAAAAUGAAACACUUUAAUGGCGGAAUGGAGAAACUUGACGUGGAACGGAGCCGAUUCCCGUACUGUAUUGUAUGGACCCCCAUUCCUGUAUUGACUUGGCUGUUCCCAAUUAUUGGACACAUGGGAAUCUGCACGUCAAGUGGUGUUAUUCGUGACUUUGCUGGGCCAUACUUUGUUUCAGAAGAUGACAUGGCCUUUGGAAAACCAGUAAAAUACUGGAAGCUGGAUCCAGGUAAAGUGUACAGUAAUGUUCCCAAUGCUUGGGAUGCUGCUGUCCAUGAUGCUUCUGAGGAGUACAGACACCGAAUGCACAAUUUGUGUUGUGAUAACUGUCAUUCACACGUUGCCAUGGCACUAAACUUGAUGCGAUAUGAUAACAGUACAUCGUGGAACAUGGUCAAAUUGUGCUUCCUUCUCCUCAUUUAUGGGAAAUUUAUCAGUAUUGGAGCAGUUGUAAAAACAUGGCUUCCAUUUGUUCUUUUUGUGGGAGUGAUUCUGACCAUCAGUCUUGCUGUACAUCUACAGUAAUGGACAGUUUGCAGUGGAUUCCCAAUCUGGUGUGUCUGCUUGCACUCAGAAGUGAAGGCACGGGAGCUCCAACCUGAGAGAACAAGAUGUUUAGUAACAAGCUGCACACAUGCACAUUUUAUGCUAAUAAAUUACUUUUGUGACAUAUUUUUGUAAAUAGACUAGUUUUCCACCAGUAUAAUUCACUUCAUGCUAGCCAUUCCAGAGCUUUUUCAUGUUGACUUAACAGAUUUCUCUUUUAAUUGGCAUAUUAACUUAAAUGGUGUAUGAAGCUUUGGCCACAACAGUCACAAACUGCAUUUAACACUGUUGUUUGUUAUUGUUAGUGGCACCAAAAAAAAACUUGACUUGGGUUGAAGAUAAUGGUUGAUGGUGAUAAAAGAGCAUUAUUAUAUGUACUCCUUUGUUAUCUUGUCUUGAUAAAUCACUUUUUUUUCUUGCAACUGGAUUUCUAGCUCCUCUUCAUCAUUCAUGCCUGCCAGUGCAUUACUUACUUUGUUUAAGGUAAUGAUUUAUCAGUCAAGCCCUGACUUCGGACAGAACUCCAAACCAGUAAACCCUUCCCACUUAUGGACUUUGCCUCACCCUUUCACCAAACAUCCUGAUAUUCUGAAUCAAUGUACUUAGAAUCACACUGCACUGAAACUAUAUUCCUGUUUAAUUUUGGAAGUCUAAAGGGCAGACAUGCUUCUUUUUCAGUGAAGGCCUUUACAACAGCAAAUCAUAUUUGGUUUGCCCAUCCUGAGAUUCCCAUUUGUUCAACUGGAUUUCCAAAGCAUUCCCUUUUCCAUGCCCAUAAUACUGCUGAGUUUAAACUCAAGUCUUGUGUUUUUUGCCAAACGUGUACUAAAAUAACUUUUCAUGAUGUUUUAAAGCCCUUUCAUCUCAUUUGACUUAAGAAAUUAUUAAAAACUGUAGAGAAGUCUCCACGAAAACUUCUAAGCAUAACAUUUUCAGAGCAUAGAGCAUGGGUCAGUGAAAAGAGAGAUGAAAGGAGGUAAACAAAUCUAAAAAUUUGUAAAGUCAGAAUAGACACUCUAUUCUUUUAAGAAUUUAAGUAUUUAACUAAUUUAAUUUGAGGAAGAUACCUCUACUUCAAUGACUUCAAAACAGGAAUCACAGAGGCAGGCAUUAAAUUGUCCUGACAGAAAUAAGCCAGAGGCUCAUGUCCUUCAGCCAGAUAAAAUGAUAACAGAACUGAUUUGCUACUGUCAACCGACCCUAGAAGAAUGAUUCUGCAAGCACAAGAAUUACUACAGACAGACCAUGAGUUUAUUUUUGAGAAAACAAAACUUGUAACUCCCAAAUAUGUUUUAAUCCUUCUAAUGCAAAUAUGAGCACUCCUGCCCUAUCUCCACCAGCUGCCAAGGCUGACUCGCCCAUUCUGGAAAAUGUUGUCACAAGGUCUGCCUGCCCCAAUAGACUUUACAGAUGACAAAACAACACCAGUUGGUCAUACAGACAGUCAUCCUGCCCUAGCAAAUAGUCAUUCAUUCAGCUACAUCACCACAGAAAACAUAUCUUGCUGCGCACUUUUUUGGGCAUUGAUUAGGGAAACCUUGAUUGUCUCAAAGGUUAUAGAAGGGAAGAAGAAAACAUGUUCUUUCACAUUCUUCCCAUAAAAAAGUGGGAGGUUUCUUCAUGGAGCAGAUUGAGUUUGCUACUUUUACUGAUUCCAGACCAUGAUUUAUAUCCUCUCAGUUCUUGAGUGCCCCCCCCCCCCGAUUUUUGCUUUUGUGAAAGCUGUAAACUGUUUGGGUAAACAAUUUGGCUGUCAGACAGGAGAUCCUUCUUCUCCUAAAGAGAGAUUUGCAGAUGGUGUAAUUCCCAAAAUCUGUUUUAGACUUCCCAUGAUGUUAUGAAAGUUACCUGUCAACAUCCUGCUCCAAAAAAGGACAGGCAAGCCAUACAGAAACUUGUAUGAUUGGCAGGAUUUAUCUAACAGUUACAAAGCAGAUCUGUGGUUGUAUGACAAAAGAUUGACAAACCCGCUUGACACUUAAAAGUGAGAAGAAGAAAUUUGGGAGUUUGAACCCCCAAAAGCAAAAAUCAAAGCUCACUGUUACAUAUUCAAAGCACUUAUGCUGGGGAACAAUCCUCACUCCUCCACACCCUUGCUUUUUAUAAAUACAGUAUCAGAGAUAUUUGUGUCUUGAGUAAGAGGGGGUGGUGCAGCCUAAGAAUUAGUAGAAGACAAAAUAUACUUUGGUUUUUACAUUUUUGAGUAUCAAACAAAUGUGCUGUGAACUUCUGUCUUUCUCCCAAUCUGUCUUUUUCUCUCCCCUAUUCGUAUCAAACAAGGAAGACUGUACCUUUAGCCACACUUUUGAGUGGAAAUCAAGGUUGAUAAGCAGAUGAUUUGACCUUCAUGUUGUAAAUGUCAUUUUUGACUAUUAAGCCAUAGCUGUCAACCUUCUGUC